ACGAGAGUUCAGUGAAACCCACUUCAACUGAGGACUGUUCAUUCAAUUUAGCAGAAAAAGUCUAUAUUAUUUAUAGUAUUUCUUUUUUUAUACUAUAAAAACUUUUUAAGAUCAAGAUUUAAUCAGAUCUGUCUCUAUGCAUACCACUCUCACUGCGCGUACCAUAUUAUUACAUACUUUAAAUAACUUAUGUAUCAUCAUUGAGAAUGGAAUAACUGAAUCAAGCAACAGCAAACUCUUAUUUGACUGUACAAAGUGUAAACUUGAAAUUCUUUAGAAUGCAUUCUGGUCCUACAGAGUGUUUCUCUGCCUUUCUCUUGGUGCAUGCAGCUUACGUUUUGAAACCUUAGAACAGUUAUUUUUAUGGCAGUCUAUGGCCUAACUUUGAUGAAUAAAAAAAGUAAUUGCGGUAACUGAUCAAUCAUUUGCAAUACAACACAGCAUCAUCUGGAUAUCGAUAUUCUGAGGCUAUACAUGUCUGGUAUGGAAGCGCCCUCUAGUGGAGAUUGUUGAAGCAGCAGAGGCUGGGCUGAUAUCUCACGAGAGCAAAGGUCAACCAUUCCCAGGAUAAUGGCUGUUGCAGCGAGGGACCUGCAGCAUUCUGAAGACUUUGCCAAAAAGCACAACAUCCCAAGAGUAUAUGGGAGUUAUGAUGAGUUGGCAAACGAUCCUGACAUUGGUGUGUUUUUCUGUCAGCAUAUGGCACUGCUUGACCUGGGCCUCUAUACUGUCUACAGUCUAUCUUCACAGUUUUCAAUGAUACCUGACCAUAUGUGGUGUCCCACGUCCUUGGAGGCGAAUGGAAAGGAGAUGCAGUUCCCCCUGCCAGAGGCCGGCAUGCCUCUAAACUUCACAAACAGCACAGGACUACGAUAUGAAGCUGAGGAGGUCCGCCAAUGUUUACUGAAAGGACUGAAGGAAAGUCCUGGGAUGCCGUGGGCUCAUUCCAGCCUGAAGUCAGAAGUAUUAGAUGAGGCCCGAAGGCAGCUGGGAGUGACAUAUGACCAGGACAAUAUCCAGUGAUGUGUUUUCAGAGAUGGUUAGGUAGCACACUUGUACCUCAAAAAGAAAAAAACUGACUAAAAUAUCCUAUCAAACUUAUGCCAUAUGUGAUGGUUCAAGAUGUUUUCUGUGUUUAUAUUACCCUUAUGGCUUUCCAAUGGGGUGACAACAUAAUUAGUUAUAGUACCCUAAAACCCAAAAAGCCGAAUGAAAUUAAUCCAUCACUAUGCUUUGUAUUUGUUUCACAUCUGUGCUUAUCCUACUGUGAAAUGUUGUCUGUGGAAAAAAAUAAUACUGAGAUUGUCAAAGGUUUUCAUAUUUGUAUUUCUUUCUUUCUUUUUUUUUAUUUUUUAAGUUGUGCAUUUCAUCUCGUCUCGACGUUUUCUUAGACAGACAUGUCAAAAUAUAUCUGGGUGAGUUGCCAUUGAUUAAAAAAUAUAAAGAAGUAUUA